AUGACCGAUGCCGGGUCACCGCCCAAGCAGACGGCGAUCGCCACUAUCGCAGAAACGGCCGCCCAAACCGAGACGGAGAGCAUGCGACUCCUGUUUCAAGAAAAAGACUUCCCACAGUGCAACUGGUGUAAACAUCAUAAUCUCGCCUGUACAUUCAAUCGAAUUCGGGCGAAUGCCAACUUAGGUAGCAACCGGGUGACUGUCGCAACAUCUAGCACGGGUGAGAAGGACGGUCCUAACAUAGGAGAGGGGCCGGCCUCUCAAGUCGCUGACUCCACGUGGUCGUCGAGAAUCGGAAAUACGUUCCUCAACAACGUCACUUAUCUCAGGGGCCACCAUGUAUUCUCGAACGAAGGCCAGAGGUGGAUUGAAUCUCAGGUCGGGGAAGUCGUCAACUUUGAUAAGUUGUUCUCACUGGAGCUCCGUUGGCUGAAGCCACUUCGUUCAUAUACGGACCCUAAGAUGUAUCCGCAGUUCCCGAGCAGGGUGAAUGUGGAAAGAUACGUCCAGAUCUAUGGCUCAUCAUCGCAAAGUCUGGUCUUCCCGGUCAUCAGCCAGUCUAUCUUUGGCAAAACACUAGAACUUGUCUACAGCCCACUCCACCCCCCCUGGUUCUACGAGCGCCAAAUCGUGCGUCUAUGCCUUCCUCUCACUGAUCUCCCUGUUUGGCCUGGAUGA